AACCCUAGUUGAGAACAAGUUUUUUUUUUUAAUUUCCUUCUUCUCUCCCUGUCUCAUUUCUCGUCUUCGUCGCCGUCGAAUCUGAAAUGAUCACCGGAGUACUCCGCAGAUCUUCCUUGCCGUCGAGGCAGGCUCUCUCCGCCGCCUUGACCUCCUUUGAUUCGGUUACCUCACACCAUUUCACUUCAGCCGCCACCGGAGCCUCCGUGAAGCUGAAUCUGAUUGGAAAUGGAUCUACUCUCUCCUCCGCAUCGUCUCCGAGCUCGUUUGGUAACAUAGCGCCGUCUAUGGUUUCCCCCGCGGGGAUCUCGUUUCAAGGUUACGCCACAGGGAGUGAAAGCAGCAUCGGAGAUUCAAAGAAGAUCAAAAUCUCUCCAGAGAAUGUGAGCAAGAAGAAGAAAGAAGGAGGAGAAAGCACAUCAAAGAUCAAAGGAACGAGGAUCUGCAUAGCGAUCCGUUCAUUCGAUAACCCGGAGAAGGAAGCUUGGUGUCUUCCUCCUCACAGUCGCUACGCCGCCAUGCCCGACACAAGGACCCUGUACACGGUGCUUCGUUCCCCUCACGUCGACAAGAAGUCCAGAGAGCAGUUCGAGAUGAGGUUCAAGAAACGGUUUCUUGUCAUCAAAGCUCAGAGCCACGAGCUGAGCAAGAAGCUCUUUUGGUUGAAGCGUUACCGUAUCCUCGGCGCUCAGUACGAGCUGCAGUUCCACUGCAAGACCCGGUUGGAUAUGUCUCCCGUGUUAGCCAGCAUCAAUGGCUCAAGCAUUGGUGGUCAAUGAGACAGGGGUUGUUAAAGAGAAGCUACCAGGUGGGGUUUUUGACCUGAUCCUGCAAUAAUGUCUGAAUCUUACGGGAUUCAACAGAUAAGUCAGCUAUACAUUGUCAAAGACAUGGUUUUAGUUUGAAUUUUGGUGCGCAAUGUUAUAUGCCAAUUCAUUAUGUGUUUGUUAGAUGAUUUUUAUAUUGAAAUUGUUUGACAAAACAAAAAUAGACACAUGCAUUUUGGGCAUAAUUUGGCUUCCAAUAUAUCGUAGUUAGUCUUGAAUGUU